UGGGCACUAGCCGCUCAUUCGACAACUUGUAAAGUAUGGCGGACUCGCUUGUCGUGUUCUUUGUUGUUUUGGUGAAUUUCUACCUGUUCUACAGCUUGGCAGGCACGAAUGGAGUCACACUAGAAACUCCAAAAUGCAUUGUGUAUGGAAUGCCGCCGCACAUGCUCUUGUCAUCCAAAGUCUCCUCUGGCUCACCCCUUGAUUACUGUGGUCUCUAUUGUCACCCUAGCGGGGACUCCAAGUAUUGCAGGGACCCUUCUACUGGGUACAAGCCAUUCUGCUCUUUCAACAGUACUGUUGGCAAGAAUGCUGUGCGGUGCAACCUGACAGAUAUUGUAAGAGAUCUCUACCCUAGCCUUGUGGAUCCUACGCAGAAAGACAAAGUGAAGGGUUACAAGCUGUGUGUUAGAGUCAGGGCAAGCAAUGGCUCCAGCUUGACAUACAGUGAUAAAGAAUGCUGCAGUGUUUUGGCACAGUCCAAAUGCACCAGUCUGAAAAACUUCAAAGUUCAGGCCAAUGGACAAGGCCGGCUGCAUGUUGGAUGGGAUGCACCAGAUGACAUGGGCAGUAUGAAGUACUUCUUGAAGUACUGGAUAUACUAUUCUACUGAAGGCGAUAAGGAAAAUAGGUCCAUCGCUGUGCUUGCAUCACCCUCUGGUUCAUAUAACUCCAUUAACCUGACUGGUCUUCAACCCAACACCCUGUAUUCCAUAUAUGGCACAUGCUCCUUUGUUUCCUUCAUGGAUGACUCCACCACAGGGGGUCUAGUCCAAGGCAUUGCAACUACUUUAGAACAAGCUCCAAGUGCCGCACCUGCAAUUGUUGAUUACUAUGAAAUUGACGGAGAUGAAGAACAGAGAACGGUCCAGUUAUUAUGGAAGCAUCCUCCCCCUCACCAUCGCAAUGGAGUUAUACGUCAGUCUGUUGUAACAUACUGGGCCGUACCUGAGGAAGUCUCAAACAACACCUCUAUACCUAAAAGUGCAAUGAACGUCAAUGUGAAGGGUGCUGUGAACGAGUCACAGAUACAAGGGCUGGCGGUGCAUAUAGCAUAUCAUGUGGUGGUGAGAACAUGUACAACAGAUUGUGGGCCGCUGAGUGAGGUGUUUGAAAUUGGCGUAAGACAAGACCUGUCUACUCCACUGGCGUCCACCGCGCAUGGUCCGUGGGUGUUACCAGUAUUCCUCUGCCUGGCUGUUGCAGUGGUUAUAAGCAUUAUUAUUAUCGGAAUUUGUCUGGCUUUCAAACGGUCAAGGAGACGAAGCUCACUUUAUAGAAACAGAAGCCACCUACCAAGUGAUGUGCUCCCCUCAUCAUGCCAGAGUAGCCCUAGCAAGCAUGGUGUGUCAACUCAGCCGAUUCUUGAAGAGGAGGGUGAUUACAAUGAAGCUAAUGUGCAACUAUAAGAGCUGCCAUUUUCUCAUCGUAGCAACAAUAAUUUGAAAAAGCUUUUCAAGCUUAUUUUAUAGCCGAAUUUGUUGUUGUGUGACCACUGAGAAUUCAAAUCAAUUUCUCGCCUAAAAAUAGUGAGUAGUCAUACCACAGGAAUCAUGCAAUUCCCUUGUUGCGUGCAUUCAAAUGGAUUAUGACUCACAGUGGAAACAUUAAAGCCAAUGGCAGGUUUAGAUGGUUGAUUGACUAUGAACUAUUCAGCUAUUGUUUGAAUCUGGUAAAUCAAAUAUGAACUUAGUUUUAAGAUGUAUUUUUUUUUCAAAAUUUCAUCCCUUUUAAAUUAAAAUUUAUCUUCCAAUAGUGAGUUAAAAUAUCACAUGGCCCCUAUCACAUUGCCCCUAUCACAUUGCCCCUAUCACAUGCCCCCAAUCACAUGCCCCCUUAUCACAUGCACCCAAUAACAUGCCCCCUAUCACAUGCCCCCUAUCACAUGACCCCUACCACAUGGCCCCUAUCACAUUGCCCCUAUCACAUGCCCCCUUAUCACAUGCACCCAAUCACAUGCCCCCUAUCACAUGACCCCUAUCACAUGACCCCUAUCACAUAUCCCCUAUCACAUGCCUCCUAUCACAUGCCCCCUAUCACAUAUCCCCUAUCACAAGGCCCCUAUCACAAGGCCCCUAUCACAUGGCCCCUAUCACAUGCCCCCUGUCACAUUGCCCCUAUCACAUGCCCCCAAUCACAUGCCCCCUAUCACAUGCCCCCUAUCACAUGCCCCCUAUCACAUGCCCCCUAUCACAUGCCCCCUAUCACAUAUCCCCUAUCACAUAUCCCCUAUCACAAGGCCCCUAUCACAUAUCCCCUAUCACAAGGCCCCUAUCACAUGCCCCCUAUCACAAGGCCCCUAUCACAUGGCCCCUAUCACAUGGCCCCUAUCACAAGGCCCCUAUCACAAGGCCCCUAUCACAAGGCCCCUAUCACAAGGCCCCUAUCACAUGGCCCCUAUCACAUGGCCCCUAUCACAUGCCCCCUAUCACAUGGCCCCUAUCACAUGGCCCCUAUCACAUGCCCCCUAUCACAUGCCCCUUGUCACAUGCCCCUUGUCACAUGGCCCCUAUCACAUGCCCCCUUAUCACAUGGCCCCUUAUCACAUGGCCCCUUAUCACAUGCUCCUAUCACAUGCCCCCUAUCACAUGCCCCCUAUCACAUGCCCCCUAUCACAUGCCCCCUAUCACAUGCCCCCUAUCACAUGCCCCCUAUCACAUGCCCCCUAUCACAUGCCCCCUAUCACAUGCCCCCUUAUCACAUGCCCCCUUAUCACAUGCCCCCUUAUCACAUGCCCCCUUAUCACAUGCCCCCAUAUCACAUGGCCCCAUAUCACAUGCCCCCUAUCACAUGGCCCCAUAUCACAUGGCCCCAUAUCACAUGCCCCCUUAUCACAUGCCCCCUUAUCACAUGCCCCCUAUCACAUGCCCCAUAUCACAUGCCUCCAAUCACAUGCCCCAUACCAUGUAUCCAGUUAAAACAAUUGUAAAAUAUUAUAGGAAUAACUUAUUUAAAAAAUAUUUUUAUGAAAAAAUGGUGUAAUGUAAUUUAAAAAACAGUUUGAUAGGCCAGGUGUGUUUUAAUAUUUACGAAUGUAUUUAUUUUUAUUUGAUUUAAGAAUUCUGCCGAUAAAACUAUGA